CUGCGACGACGACGACGACUACGACGACGGCGGUGGCGGUGUUGUGAGUGCAUGAAAAAGAAUAUUCUGUCAUUUGAGUGUUCAGUUCGAGACGGGUUUGCAAUUUAACAGCACUGACUGUAACGGUACACAGUGAAUAGCGCGUGUCACAAAAAAUAUAACAAAUUCUCUAAAUAGUUAGUUAAAAUAUUAUAUUUGAAUAAUAAAUAAAAUAUAUAUUAUAUUUGAAAAAAAUCGUGGUUUGUCUGUGUGUGCGUGUGUGAAAAAAUUUUUUUGUGACUGCGGCCAAGGCAGCAGCAGCAAAGUGAAAUAUACGAAUAGCUCUGAGGCAGACAAGCAGAAAGCAGGCGCCUAUACUAGAUACGCCUCGAGAGCUGAAAAUAUUUAUAUUAAAAAUAAAUAUAUUAAAAAAUAGUUCAACGCAACAGCCGUAAAUAAAUCAAUGCAUAUGCAUAUGCACACGAGUGUUGCCAACGAGUGAGUCAGUGAAACGACCGACCAAAUAAAAGUAAAGCAAAACGAAAAAGUGAAAAAUGAAUUUGUGCAGAAAGAUGUGAGUGAGCAAUAAAGCAGCGGACAUUGAAAUAAGGUGAAAUAGUGCUAAAGAAUAUCCUUCAAAACAACGACCAAAAAGUGUAAAAUAGUUAUUGUCCGAAAAGGUGGGGUCCAACAGCAAAGCAGCAAGGAAACAGCUUACGACAAAAAAGAAACGAAUAAAGUGGCUCGUUAUAUGAUACACGGAAAUAUACAAGUGAAUGUGAACAAGUGUGCGACAACAUAUAAGUAAAGUUGCCUUUUAUAGCGCCGGAGCGGUCAGUGUAUAUGCGGAUACGAGCACAAAGGACAAGCUGUCAAAGCGCAUUUUUUAAGCGCAACUCAACUCAACUCAACUGAACUCAAACUCAUUGAAAUAGUUUAUUUUUAUAUGUUAAACGUUGCUGUUGUUGUUGUUGUUGUUGUUGUCAAGUGUCCUUUAAACGUAAGGACAUAACAACAUCAACGACGUCAGUGAGACAAGCUCGUAUAUUGUGAGUGCAUACAGUGAGUGUACAACAAAAAAUCAACAACAACAACAACAAAAAUAUUCUCAUACGUGAUUGCUUGUGUAUAUGUUGUUGUUGUAGUGUAGUGUACAUCAUACAUAUAUAUAUAUAUAUAUAUAAAGAGUCACGCGUGCAUGUUGCAAAUAAGCUGUAGGCCAAUUAAGUCAACUAACAAUACAAACUGCAACAACAAAAAAACAACAAAGUAACACAUAUUGUAAAUACAACAACAUUUGUUAAAUAUUAUUAUUAUUUUUUUCCACAAAAAUAAUAUGCAACAAUAGCCAGAGUAGGCGCGCGCUGCAGAUCAACCGUGUAGUGUAGUGUUGCCGCUGCAGGACAUUAAGCCCUUGCAUGCACGCUCCUCAACUCGUAGUGUCCAACUAACCUCGCGCGCAUAGUUCGACACAGUGGCCUUAACAUCAGCUUCAGCUACGGCAACAGCGGUGACUCAAUCGCAAGUCUUGUGUGUGUGUGUUUGUUGGCUGGAAAAUUAGCUUGCAACGCUUACUGGCAUUAAGCAAGCGCGUGUCAACUGUCAAUAUUACCGUUACUGCAAACUGUAAACUGAAAAUUCAAGGCGGCAGCUGUUGAAAUUCGUAAAGGCAAGACAUUGCAAGCCAACAACAAGAACAACAACAACAACAAUUGUUGCUAAAUUAAAUUUGAAAAGAGUCACAACAUAAACCAUAAUACACAUGUCGGCAGCAGCGUAUACUUAAAACCAAUUUAAAUUGCGUGACCGGACUGGGCUGUGCGGCCACUUCGAUGCCAUAACAUGGGCUAUUCCUCUGAGGCUGCCAGAACGAGGACACAACGCAGCAACAACGCCAACAAACAAAUAAAAAGCAAUAAAAACAGCCUAAAUCGUGAUAGACAAAACAACAACAACAACAAAUACAACUGUUGUGACAACUAUACAAGUAGCGACAGUAGCAGUUUGCGUUUAUUGAGUUCAGAGGUGAUCUUUCAAAGCAGUGCCGAUAGCGACGACGAGAAGGAGGCGACGCACACAAAGGCGACUAAGUGCCGACGACAGGCAGACAACACAACGAGAAUUAUAGCAAUCAAAAAGACACAAAAGCGACGAAAGGACGUAGAGGAAGCGAAAGAGGAAGCAGAGAAGGAAGGAGAAGCAGCUGAAAGCGGCGUCGAAGCGGAAGAGACUGAAAAGCAAAUACAAAUUGAGUGCGGCAAGCCUUGUGACGAGGGCGUUGAGACGGAAGCGGUUGCGGUUGAGCGCGAAGAAAGGCAGCGGUGUUGUAAAUUGAGUGCGGCUUUUGUAAAUAAUUGCACAACAGCGGUUGAUACUAACAAUAACAACAAAGACAACAAUAACAACAGGGAGACACACAGCACCGAGUGCGACGACGCUUGUGCAAACUUUCACCGCACAAGCAACGGAAAUAAUAAUUGCUGCCACUACCGACAGCUAUCGCGAGAACAACUGCCACAAACGCGUGUCGCGCUGCCACCUCAAGCGGAAGCAGCCGAACAACAACAGCUACACCAACAGCAACAGCAAACACAAACGCCAGCGGCAGACCGAAAUGUCUGGUGGCGCACAACGAGCGCUAGUUUGUCGCCGCCAACGGAAACGGCCGCGAGGACGACUGCGUCCGCCAGAGACUUGGAACGUCCAAACUACACUGGCGUCAAGGCUCUAGCAGCGCGGAGCGGAGAGGACCAAUGUCUGCAAGAGUUCUUGCAACAAGCAUGCAGCGCGCUAACCGAGCGCUUAGCCUGUCUGCGCGAUAAUAUGGGGUUUUACGGAGCAAACGAGUUGGAUCCACAAGCAAUGGAGAAGCGGAAAACGGUAGGCGCCGGUAUGCGGACGCCAACGGAGCAACAGAAGCAACGGAAGCUUUUAGAGAGUAAGUGUCAGCCGCUGCAGAUGGCAUAUAAGCGUGGACGCGAGCAGAAACAACUGACGGAGCAGCAACAACAAAAAACCAAGCAACGAACUGUUGAGCGACAGCAAGCGAAGCAGCAGCAGACGGGAGAACUGAAAGCACCCUCAGCAGCGCAGCGGAAUGCGUUGACAUACUGCCACCACCAAAAACAAAAACAUAAACAACAACAGCAACACAACCACGACCACCAACAGCCGCAAACGCCGUUUCAACAACAUCGACCACAACAACAACAGCUGUCAGUCAGCAACAAAAAUCUUAAAAAUCAACCACAACAACAACAACACCAUUCCCCACAACAAAGACAGCAACCACAAAAAUUGUUGCCAGCACAAAAAAAGUCACAAAAACCACAACAGCAGCAACAACAACAACAAAAACAGCGCCAUCGCCUGCGUCGCGGCAUACAAACGGUGGCCGCCGCCGCUUACGGCGCCUUCAGCUACAUCGGUCACAACUACUAUCAUCUGUUGGGCAAUUCGUUUAGCUUCUACGCCGUGUCCAGCGUUAUAUUGGCGCUCUGCUAUUUGACAACAACAACAGCAGCGGCGCAUUCGCCCGACAAGGCGCCAUUCGAUAAGCAUCCCAUUCAAAGCAUCGAUUGGUCAAAAUUCGACGAGUCCAGCUCGGAUAAGGAAAUUUUGGACUUGUUGCUGGAGAAGAAACGUUACGAUAAACGUCUACUGCCGCCAGUUAACGAUGAAGAUUUUUGCUGUGGUUUAUCUUCACCGGAUAUGGCUAAAGUCAGCAACUCAAGGAGGCCACAUAAUCGCGGUACUUUGACGGUGAAUGUGAAUGUGUUGCUGCUCAGCUUGGCCUCGCCAGAUGAGAGUAGUUUGAAAUACGAAGUUGAAUUCUUACUGAAUCAACAGUGGAACGAUCCGCGUCUACAAUAUGGCAACAAAUCGCAUUAUGACUUUUUGAAUGCAUUGCAUCAUCACGACAGCAUCUGGACACCGGACACCUAUUUCAUUAUGCACGGCGACUUUAAGGAUCCCAUUAUACCAAUGCAUUUCGCUUUAAGAAUCUACCGUAACGGGACCAUUACGUACGCAAUGAGACGCCACUUAAUCUUAUCCUGCCAAGGUAGCCUACAUAUAUUCCCGUUCGAUGAUCCGAAGUGCUCCUUCUCAAUGGAAAGCAUUUCCUAUGAGGAGGCGCAAAUUAAGUAUGUUUGGAAGAAUGACGAGGACACGCUGCGUAAGAGUCCUUCACUAACCACAUUAAAUGCGUAUUUAAUAAAAAAUCAAACAACACCCUGCGAUCAAAAUAGUUGGCGAGGGAACUACAGCUGUCUUAGGGUCGAUUUAAUAUUUACCAGAGAUCGUGCAUUCUAUUUCACCACCGUUUUUAUACCUGGCAUUAUACUGGUGACGUCAUCAUUUAUAACAUUCUGGCUAGAAUGGAAUGCAGUUCCGGCUAGAUCGAUGAUAGGUAAUUACAGUUGCCUAGAAGUCGAGUUGACUUUUACCAGGGAUCGUGCUUAUUAUUUCACCACUGUUUUUAUACCCGGCAUUAUAUUGGUGACAUCAUCAUUUAUCACAUUUUGGCUGGAAUGGAAUGCUGUGCCAGCCAGAGUUAUGAUCGGUGUAACAACAAUGUUGAAUUUCUUUACAACAUCCAACGGUUUCCGCAGCACACUGCCCGUCGUCUCCAAUCUCACCGCUAUGAAUGUUUGGGAUGGCGUCUGCAUGUGCUUCAUCUACGCCUCGCUAUUGGAGUUUGUAUGCGUUAAUUAUAUGGGUCGCAAGCGGCCACAACAUAAUGCUGUCUAUCGACCUGGCGAGAAUCCUGUCACACAGCGUCUUCCAGCGGUUCUAAGCAGGAUUGGAGUAAUUCUUGCAAGUCCUUUGGGUAUAAUCGAACGAGAAUUUCAUGCUGCUUUGUUGUCUGAAAAGGCCACAAUGGGUGCAUCCAGCAGCACUACAACUGGCACCAGCAUACCCGUCACGCCCACACCGAUGCAUCCCUACCACACGGACCUAUCGACGGCCACCACACAAACCCCAUUACCACCAUCGCCACCACCACCACCAACCGCGACAGCAGCAUACGGCAUGAGUACCGUUGAUGCACCGCGUAUACGCUGGGAGGAACAACAUGGCGGCAUAAUUGGUGUGGCAAUGCAAAAUUUACGUGCGCGUUCCAUACGUCGACGUACGCGCUCACCAGGGUCGGCAACAUCGGCGUCCAGCUCUUACGCAGACACGGAGGCUGGACGCAGCAAGACACCCACCACCACCACCAUGUCCACGGUCAUCGAGCCCGUGUACACGGAACCCACCUUUGACGCCGCUGAGUGCGGAGCAAACAUGCCACCACAUGAGACCACAGUGACGGUUGAAGUGGAGCCAACACUGCCAGCGCCAGCAGUGCCGACACAGCAGCGUCGUUCCAUUUCUACAAAUACACCACCGCUAAUACUAAGCGGCAGUAACAAGCCGCCAGAGGAUGAAAGUGCCUCUGGUGUUACCGAACCAUCGGUUGCGAAUGCCGACACAGCGACAGUGGAAAUGCCGACGGAAGAUGUGAGGACGGCCGCACAGCUGGAUACACAAGGUGUAGCCGAUGCUAGCGGACAUUUACCGGUGAAGCCACCGCGUCGCAAGCAAUCGCGUUCCAGUUCGCCAGUACCAUUUUACGAGCAGGUGGGCCAGCCGGAAGCCGCCAAUGGUCAUGGCUUGGGCGCUAUGAACGCCGAAACUUUUUUCAAAUUUACCGCCAUCUAUCAGGGUGAGAAGCGACGUGAUGUUCGCGCUCCCAACGAGAUUGUCGCCUGUACGACUUGUGGCGGCAGCAGCAGCCCGUGCACGCACUCGGCCAACAAUGGAUGCGCAACAGAGACUUGCUUCGUCCAAGUACGCAAAAAGGAACCGCCACAUCCUAUACGUAUAGCAAAAACAAUCGAUGUCAUCGCUCGAAUUACAUUUCCAACCGCCUACGCAAUUUUUCUAAUAUUUUUCUUCGUACACUAUAAGGGAUUUUCAUAAAAAUUAGUGCAAUGGAAAUCAUUUAGACAACUUAAAUAUAAACUAAUAUACACACUUACACUUAAACACACAUUUACAUACGUAUACAUACAUAAAUGUAAACAUUCACCAAAACACACAUAUUUACACACACACACACACACACACAUAAAUUCACAGCGAAUUAGCAAAUUUAAUUAGUAAAAUUAAUUAGCGAAAAAAAGUUCAUAGCAUUAUUGAAAAUAAAAGAAACAAGAAAAAAGUACACACAUAAAUGAUAUUCUAUUAUAUAAGGCAAGUAGAAGGGAGUUGAGAGAAGCUAUUAAAAAUUUAUGAAAUGAAAUAUUGAAAUGUAAAAAAUAUGUAACGAAAUCUAUAAUAUGAAAAAUCGACGCACUGAUAAAGAAUAAUAUAAAAUUUAAUAGACAUUUCGUUAAUUCUCUUUGAUGUACUAUAUAUUAUUUAUUUAUUGUUAAAGAUCACACCUCGUUUGUGGUGAAUUAAGAGAUUAGAGAGAGGGAUUAAUUGAUUAAUUAAGCUAAAGAAGAGGCAUAGAUUUAGUAGAUAAUAAAAAGCGAAUGUAAAUAAAGAAAUAUUUAUUUAAAUGAUUUAUUUUACUUUUAUUAUUUUUUUUUUACUUACUCCUUCGAAUAAUUCUAAUUACUGAUUUUUUCAAAACAUUUACUGAUAAUUCCCAGAUAGAUAACCACAUAUUUAUCUGUUCUCAAUUACAUAGAUCAAAACCAUGUGUAGUGGUAUCUAAUAACUUACAAAAUCAGACUUUUAGGAAGUGAGAAAAAUGACAGUUACUCUCAAGAAAGGAACCUUCAAAAACAUCAUAGCUCUUUAGGACGAAUAUAAAAAAAUUUUUAAAUGAAAGACCUCAUAACUGCAAAUGUAAUCUUACUCUUUUUGAGUCGAAUUUUAACCGUUAGUGGUGAGUUGUUUAGUCGAAAAGAUCGAAACCAGUAUUGUCGUCUACCACUCCUGCUUUUGUAACUGUUAUACAAAUGAAAACUGGUUUAGAGUGGGACCUUGUUGAAAAGUAGAUACAGAGACACCCUUUCUUCAUGCUGAUACCCUUUAAAUAACACCUGUCGAUAUUGCUACAAUUUAUGAUGAAAGAUGACAGACCACGUGAUCAUUGGAGGAUGAUUUGGAAUGUCUGGAGGGUUUUUAUGAAAAAUAACACAGAGGAAAACUUUUCACUGGGCUACGACUCUCUUCAUAAAUAUUUUUAGUACUUUUCCCGAAUCUUCAAAGUGAGAAUCAAAUCGAAGUUCAACAGAGUUUGCUUCCUUUUAUAAAAUAAUAAGAGCAAACCUGUCUUGAAAAAGUAAAGAAUAUUUGGGGAAUAAUGAGUAGAAAGAACAUUAGUAAAAAUCAGGAUCAAAAUCAACCAAUAUCCGUACACCAAAUUUUAUUCAAACGAUCUGCAAAUCAGAGCAUUAAGUUCUAGGGAAGACAAGAUAACGGUACUUUUGGAACCAGCUGUAGUUUUAGACUUAUGAGAAAUGUCCUAUACUAUCAGCAAGUAUCUUAUAAAUAGCUUUCGAGGUCUAUAUUUUCUUCAUUUUCCCUAAAGGUAUUUUAUUUUUUUAAAUCGAAAAAGUAUAAGUUUUAACCAUAUAAAAAAGUGCAGAAAAGAGAUACGAAGCUUGAACGCAAAAUAAAGAAAGUGAUAUAUGAAUGCAAGAAGACAAAAUAAAAUUUAUUUCAACUCAAAUAAAAAAAAAUAAGAAACACAAAAAACGAAAGAAAGAACCGCUAAGCAACUAAAAACAAACGAACAGAUAUUUAUGUAAAUUUAAGCGAAAAUAAUUACUCAAAGCCGCAUAAAAACUUUUGUCUGACCACAAAAAAAGAAAGAAUAAAAUAAAACAAAAGUUCAGUUCACAUUCUAAAUUAAGCUAAAAACCCCAAAUUCUAAGUAAAAUGUAGUUAAAACCCGUUAUAGUAAAAAAUAAGUACAUUGUGUAAUUAAAAAAAAAAAACAAAACA